AACGACGAUAAGAUAAGAAACAUGUAUUUUAGAGCUACAAAUAAAAUAUUCGAAGAAAAACAUCUAAUUUACCAACUACUGAAUACAAAUUUAGUAACUUGUUUACUGUAAAACGAAAAACAAUACCAUCGACGAUUAAUUCAAUAUAAAAAUAAUAAAAUAAUGGACGAAACCGAUUUAUCAUUAUUCAAAAGUAAAAAAGAUAAACAUGACAAAGCCGAUGCCACCUGCACCACCACCACUAACACCUCUAGCACAACUAAAGAACCAGUAGAGAAAAAAGUUAUCUUUUCACGACCCACCGAUGAAGAUGUUUACAAUUGCGAUAAUCCCCAGGCGGGUAUUGCACUCAUUUUCAAUCACAAAGAUGUCAAGGGUCAAAAGCAAAGAGUGGGCACCGAACAAGAUCGUGAUGCUGUAGAACAUACUCUCUUGAAUUACGGCUAUGAUGUGAGAGUGUUCAAUGAUUUGACAUUUGCUGAAAUAAGUGAUGUUUUAAAGAAAAGUGAGUGAGUGCAGCA